UUUCCACGUCGUCGCGAGCCAGCGAGCACGCGCGCAUGCUGGCUCGCUCCACGGUGUUCGAUUCAGUCCGGUUCCGUAAAUGUUGAAACCUCCAGAGCUGGCCCUGAACACGCGCAGUUCCUCACCGUCGCCGACACUUACGCCAACUGACGACAAGCGCCACCGUGUUUUCGGCAGCCCUCCCGGUAGAGAGCAGUCGACCAGCGACGUGAAACGACAAAUGUACUUUGCUCCUGGUCUCGACCAACAGCGUCGAGCCAAUGUCGGACAGCGAUGCCCGCACCACCUUCUCGAAGCACCGAGAGUGCGUGGCCGCCCAAGACAUGGCCGCUGUGCUGGACGACGGCCUCAAGGCGGUAUUUUGUGCCACGUGUGCGCACUUCGUCAUGCACUGCCCCAACCUCCUUUACGAAGCGUCUUCGCGCCUCACGUGGACCACUGGUGCAAGCCGGCCUCCGGCCAAAUUCGCCCACCUGAUACUUGCUCAGUGGUGCUCCAUAAUAGAGCCCCCCGUGGACGACCAGGGCCAGCGUCGACGCUGCGAGCGCUCCGUAGGCAAUACGCGAGAGAGGACAUUGUAAGUGCCAUCAACCGUAACCGUGUGCUGGUGAUUUGUGGCGAGACUGGAUCUGGAAAGACCAAGCAGGCUGCCCAGUUCAUCUUUGAAGACUACAACCGUGGAGGCCAAGGCUCCAGGUGCAAUAUCGUGGUCACCCAGCCAAGGAGGAUUGCAGCAAUCUCCAUGGCAAAGCGGGCGGCUCUCGAGCGGCAUAAUGAGCUGAGCCACACCGCCGGCUUCCAAGUCCGUCUCACGAAGCAGCUGCUGACGAGCCGCGGAGGCAUACUCUUCUGUACAGUCGGCAUCCUGGUGCGGCACUGGCAGCAGAACGGCGAACUCGUUGACGAGGUCCAUGAGCGUGACGUCUCUACCGACUUCCUGCUCGUGAGGUGCUCUCCACCAACAGCACACUGAAGGUUCGCCCGCCCAGAGUAGCCGGCAAUUCGGCGUUGUACGCAUGGAACGGCGCCCAAUGACGACAUAACGCGCCCGUCGUGUACCGGCUGUCUCCUUGGCAGCGCCCUGUCACAGCUGUUCUAGCACAACAGUUCCAGGCUCUGCAGGCGUUAAUACUACCACAUCUGCCGUGAUUGUCUUAGCUGAGAGGCUGACUAUGCGGCCGGGGUUGAUCGCGGGACCACCGACUUCACGUGACACACGGCGCUGGUACCGUGGGUUCACUAGACGUGUGGAAGCGGAUUCAGGGCCCUUCUACGCUGAAGUGCUGGUCUGCUGGGGCAAGGCUCGUCGUCGAAGUCCACGGCAAGCGCUACGACCAAGUCUGCGCGCUGCUAUGCCCGAGACGAUUGUCCAGCGACAUGGUGGACCCACUUGCGCCGAGCGCCAGCGUUUUUAUUCUGCGA